AUGCCACCACCUGGACACCUCUGCCUGCGGAGGGGGUGUGGCGCCCCUCUCCUGCUCCUGGGGCUGCUGCUGGCCCUGCCACCUGCGGCCCAGGGGCUCCCCGAUGUUGGCCUCUCAGCUGCGCAGACUGCCCAUCAGCACCCCCAGAAGCACUUCGCACAAGGCACCCUCAAACCUGCCGCUCACCUUGUUGGCGACCCCGGCGCCCGGGACGCGCUGCGCUGGAGAGCGAGCUCCGACCGCGCCUUCCUCCGCCACGGCUUCUCGCUGCGCAACAACUCGCUGCUGGUGCCGGCCAGCGGCCUCUACUUCAUCUACUCGCAGGUGGUCUUCGCCGGGCCGGGCUGCUGCCCCGCCGCCGCCCCGCUCCACCUGGCGCACGAGGUGCAGCUCUCCUCCGCCCAGUACCCCGCCCACGUGCCGCUGCUCAGCGCGCAGAAGUCCGUGCGCCCCGGGCCGCAGGGGCCCUGGGUGCGCUCCGUGUACCAGGGCGCGGUGUUCCUGCUCACCCAGGGCGACCAGCUCUCCACCAGCACGGACGGCAUCGACCACCUGCUCCUCGGGCCCAGUACUGUCUUCUUUGGAGCUUUCGCUCUGUAG